AGUGAACGCGUUCAAAGCGUGCGUUCGACUUUUUGGUGGCAACGUACGCUACUAGCGUGUCUUUAAUUAUUGAUGCAAAAGUUCCACGAUGGUUGAUCAUAACGAGAAAAUAUUACUGGAAUUACUAAAGAAACCAGGGAAUAAUGUGUGUGCCGAUUGUGGAGCAGAGGAUCCAGAUUGGGCAUCCUACAACCUCGGCAUCUUCAUAUGCAUGCGGUGCGCCAGCAUCCACCGCGGUAUGGGCGCACACAUCAGCAAAGUGAAACACCUGGAACUCGACCGAUGGGAGGAUUCACAAGUUCAAAGGAUGAAGGAAGUUGGCAAUAUAGCAGCUAGGCACAAAUACGAAGAAAGGGUCCCCCCGUGCUAUAGACGACCGACCAAAAAUGAUCCACAAGUGCUUAUAGAACAAUGGAUACGGGCAAAAUACGAACGUGAAGAAUUCUCACAUCCAGAGCGACAGAGCUAUCUCUCUGGCACCAUGGAAGGGUUCUUAAUGAAGAGAGGAAAAGAGGAUAGCCGUUAUCAAUUAAGGAAAUUUGUUUUAAACGAAAACGAGGACACCUUGAAGUACCAGCACCCUUCGGACGGUUGUAGCGGUCCUACGGGUUGUCUCGGUCGUAUAUUCGAUCGGCUUCGACUCAAAAACUUUGGUCGUUUGAGGUAUCACGUGAAAGAAAACAAAGAACCGAAAGGUAUCCUCAAAUUAUCGGAAUUAAACGUGUCUUUUGCGCCCGCCAAAAUUGGUCACAUGAAUUCCAUGCAGCUCACAUUCAUGAAAGACGGUUCCACUCGUCACAUCUACGUGUAUCAUGAAGACCCUGAAGUUAUUAAUUGCUGGUAUACCGCAAUACGGUGUGCUAAACUCCACCUCCUCCAAGUGGCGUUCCCCUCCACCCCCCAAUCAGACCUGCUCCUCCGUCUACCGAAGGACUUCGCGCGAGAAGGUUGGCUCUGGAAGACUGGUCCCAGGUCCUCGGAUGUGCAUAGACGACGGUGGUUCACCUUGGACAAUAGGAAACUGAUGUACCAUGAUGAGCCACUCGAUGCGUAUCCAAAGGGAGAGAUAUUUAUUGGCCACGAAUCAACGGGCUACCACAUUAAAGUGACGAACACGGGCAACGGGUGCAAGGAGGCGCGCUUCCCGUUCCACCUGGUGACGCCGGAGCGCACGUUCUGCCUCGCCGCCACGACGCACGAGGACCGCGCGGGCUGGCUCGCCGUCAUACAGCACACGCUCAAGCGCCCGCUCACCCCGCAGGACUCCACCAUUGAAGCCACACUCGUACGUAAGCGAACAACAUCCAACUCCAUCAGUAUAUUUUCUGGCAGGUAGUUUAGUGUUUAUAUGCGUCGAUUUAAGAUUAUCUAAGGAAAUAUUCGUUGCUUUAAAGUUCAAUUUAGAAACUAGAAUAACGUAUUUCUUAUUCGCUAUACUAUAAAUAGUAAUCAAAUUUUGUAUGUAAUCUCUUCGAACAUUUAUACUGAGAUUUUUGAAACCAAAUAACCGAUGUCGCGCAGAUUUCUUUCUAGAAUCAAGGUCACUUGGUCGUUUUAAGUUUAUUUGUAAAUAAUUUUAUAAUCACAGUAUCAUUGAUUUAUGAUUUUACUUAUUUUAUGUAUUCAAAUCAUGUUGUAUAAAGUUUAUUUUUAAUUUAUAUGAUACGUUUACUAACACAGAAGCGAAGGACUGAAUAUAUAUUUAUUGUGGAACUUUUAUUGUGAACUGUAAUUUUUUUUUAUGAAAUACAGAUUAUACGCACAAAAAGUUAAUUGCAAUAAUUAAUUUAGCUAUAGUAUGAAGUAUUGUAACGACGAUUAUAUUUGUAACUGGCAAUAAUAGCUUCAAAGAGUGUUAUACUACUGUCAUUUUAUUGUAUAUUCAUAAAAAAACUGACGAAAAUCAUCAUUACUUUUUUAAAUAAUAAAUAAGUUUAACUUUGUGUUAUACAUUCAAUUCAAUUGCUCUCUUUCUAAAAAGACAUUUUACAGGGAA